AUGGUCAGGACGCGCGCCCAGCGGGCCGGCGACUCGUCUCCCGCCGUGGCCGUCGCGGCGCGGCGCGCGGGCCAUCGCCGCCUGAAGGCCGGCGCACAGAGCGUCGCGGACCUGGAGGGUGGUGACGCCGACGACCAUGCGAACAACAACAACAACGACUACAAUCCCAGCAACAACCCCAGGGCGAGCCGGAAGCGCGGCCCGGCCGUCGUCGUCGAGGCCUUGCCGGGAUCUGCGGGGCCCGCGGAGAAGAGGCGGCGGACGAGGAGGGGCGGCCCGGUGACGUGGAGGAGAAGGGUGGCCAAGGAGGUCUACGACGUGCCUGCUACGGACGACGAGGAGGCGGAAGAUGAUGCCGGGGAGAACUUUAUGAACAAGGUCAAUGCGGCGACCAAGAGGGCAGGGCAGGCGAGGCAGGAGGAGGAGGAGGAGGAGGAGGAGGGACGACAAGAGGUGAACGAGGGCGGAGGGGAGGAUAGUAUCGUUGUCCAGGAGCCCGAGCCUGCGAAGAGAGGCCGCGGCCGACCAAAGGGUGGAAAGAAGGGCAGAACGAAAGCGCAGCAACCGAAGUCAAGUAAACCCCCAACGGUGAGGAAUCCACGUGUCGAACAACCAGCGGCGCAGUCAGAGCAGCAACAGCAACAACAGCAGGCAUCCGACAAUAGUGACUCGGGCGACGGCUCCUACGCGACCGCCGAUGAAGGCACCGACGCCGACGACCAGGACCCCAUGCCCGCGCCCUCGGAGACCGGCACGCAGUGGGAGGUCACCAUGAAGACGAGACCCGUCGCCCUACUGGCGUCGCACAUGCGCAAGCUCGCGUGGGCGGGCAAGGCCGACUGGGAGGACGACUUCAUCCUCAAGGGCGACUCGCCCGUGAAGCCCCGGACCCAGGAGGCCGGCGCUCUCAGCGACCGCCUGUACGACCUGGCGGACGUGUACUUUGCGGUGCCGCACCCGUUCGGGCUGGGCCCGCGCGACGAGUACGACUUCUCGCUGCAGUUCGACGAGCUGCAGGCCCGGCACGCGGAGCUCAGGGAGAUGUACAAGGGCGUGGCGCGGAGUAUACGGCAGAUCUGCGGCCGACUCAGGAUCGACGGCGAGGAGGCCGAGCCGGAGGAGGAUGCGCAGGAGGACAGGGAAGCGCUGGUCGACGACCUGCGGCACCUGCUCAUCCCGCAGGCCAUCCUCGUCCUCAAGACGGCCUGCAUGCUCGGUGGCGCGUACGAGGACGGCGACGGCGCGUACAGAUGCGUCGAGGAGGGCACGUUCACGCCGGCGUCGCUGGACGUCGUCGGCCGCGUCACCGGCUGGCUCGGGAGGCUCGGCGCGGCGCUCGUGGUGGAGAUGCGCCACGGCCCGACGGGCAGGCCGUACCGGGACGCCCCCCCACCCAUCGACAAGAAGGCCAGCGAAGAGGAGCAGCAGCAGCACAGGUCGGAGGCCAAGCGCUUCGCCGCGCGGGCCAGGCAGCUCGCGCACAUCGUCCACCUGGAGGAGCUGGUGGCGGGCGCGGAGCGGGCGCUGGAGGAGGCGCGGCGCGAGGCGCGGCGGCGCGAGGCCGGGGAGGCGCGGCGCCGGCGGGUGCUGGAGCGCGAGGCGGAGGUGCGGGCGGGGCGGGCGCGGGCGGCGGCGGAGGAGGCGGCGCGGGCGGAGCGGGAGUGGCGCGCCGUGUGCGCUUCUGCGCGGGCGCUGCGGGCGGCGCCGGACCCGCUCGAGGAGCACUACGCGCGGACGAUGGGCGGGGCGUACCGCCGCCGUGCGGCUGCUGCUGCUGCUGCUGCUGCUGCUGCUGCGGCGCCCGUGGAGGUCGGGGAGCAGCGGGAGAGGGAGAGGCAGCAGCAGCAGCAGACGACGACGACGAAGAAGAACCCGGCGGGUGGGGCGCCGGCGAACGAGUUCUCGGCCGAGGAGAGCGAGUACCUGCUCAACCUGCUGCGGGGGUCCGGGGCGCGAGGGCAGGUCGACUGGCGGCGGGCGGCGGGGCGGCUGGAGAGGCCGGUCGGGGAGGUCAUCUGGCAAGCGGACGCGCUCAAGAGGGCGAUGCGGUCGCUCGUGCAGGAGACGAGGGUCGGGCGGCCGCCCAAGUGGGCCAAGGCAUCGUGA